AGGAUCCCGGCCGCGGUCCGGGCAGCGCUCCUCCGCCCGCGCGGCCGAAGCUGCGCGCCUGUAGCCUGAGGCUGCCAUGGGACCAAAGCCAUGAAUGGUGCCACCCCAGGCUCGGCCGCCGCCCCCGCCCCAGUCCCUGACUGGCGGCAGUUCUGCGAGCUGCAUGCACAGGUGGCUGCUGUGGACUUCGCUCACAAGUUCUGCCGCUUCCUUCGUGACAACCCGACCUACGACACGCCUGACGCAGGGACCUCAUUCUCCCGCCACUUUGCAGCCAAUUUCUUGGCAGUCUUCAGUGAGGAGGUGCGCUGUGUGCUGGGGACAGCAGCGGACACCAUGGAGCCCGAGCCUGUCGCAACCUCGGUGACAUCAGCACUCAAGUCUGCAGCCUAUGGCCACUCCCGAAGCUCCGAGGACGUGUCUGCCCACGCGGCCACCAAGGCCCGUGUCCGCAAGGGCUUCUCACUACGUAACAUGAGCCUGUGCGUGGUGGAUGGAGUACGUGACCUGUGGCACCGGCGCUCGUCCCCAGAGCCUGAUGCUGGAGCCACCCCCAAGACCGCCGAGCCUGCAUCCGAGCCUCGAGACAAGUGGACGCGGCGCCUGAGGCUGGCACGGACCCUGGCGGCCAAGGUGGAGUUAGUGGACAUCCAGCGCGAGGGCGCACUGCGCUUCAUGGUGGCAGAUGAUGCGGCUUCGGGCCCUGGGGGCACUGCACAGUGGCAGAAGUGUCGCCUGCUUCUGAGAAGGGCUGUGGCCGGGGAGCGCUUCCGCCUGGAGUUCUUCGUGCCGCCCAAGGCUUCCAGACCCAAGGUCAGCAUCCCCCUAUCGGCCAUCAUUGAGGUGCGAACCACCAUGCCUCUGGAAAUGCCUGAGAAGGACAACACGUUUGUGCUCAAGGUGGAGAACGGAGCAGAGUACAUUCUGGAGACGAUAGACUCACUGCAAAAGCAUUCGUGGGUGGCUGACAUCCAGGGCUGUGUGGAUCCUGGGGACACUGAGGAAGACACGGGGCUGUCCUGUGCUCGGGGAGGCUGUUUGGCCAGCCGUGUGACUUCCUGCAGCUGUGAGUUCCUAACAGAAGCAGACACGCCCCGGCCCCCAGAGACAACAAACGCAGUGGGUGCCGUGGUGACAGCCCCACACAGCAGAGCUCGUGACACCGUGGGAGAGUCCCUGGCCCAUGUCCCCCUGGAGACUUUCCUUCAAACACUGGAGUCUUCGGGGGGUGCUGUCAGUGACAGCAAUAACACAGGGGAUGAAGGAGCUGAGCUAGACACUGAUGCCGAGGCUGAACUAGAACUAUCCGACUACCCCUGGUUCCAUGGGACAUUGUCCCGAGUGAAGGCUGCUCAGCUGGUGCUGGCCGGUGGGCCCCGGAGCCACGGCCUCUUUGUGAUCCGCCAAAGUGAGACUCGACCUGGGGAGUGUGUGCUGACCUUCAACUUCCAGGGCAAGGCCAAGCACCUUCGCCUGUCUCUGAAUGGUCAUGGCCAGUGCCAUGUCCAGCAUUUGUGGUUCCGGUCUGUGUUUGACAUGCUUCGACACUUCCACACCCACCCCAUACCCCUGGAGUCAGGGGGAUCUGCUGAUAUCACCCUAAGAAGCUAUGUGCGUGCCCAAGGCCCGCCUCCUGACCCAGGACCAGCGCCCAGCACGGUGGCCCCAGUCCCCUCCUGCUGGACCGAGCCGGCUGGCCAGCACUACUUCUCCAGCCUGGCCACGGCCACCUGCCCACCCACCUCACCUUCCAAUGGCGCCGGAGCAUCGACGUCAUCUGGCUCAUCAUCCUCGGCCACAUCUAUGCCCCCACGCCUACCCGAGGUUCCACUCAGUGCACGCAGCCGCAGCAAUAGCGCAGAGCACCUGCUGGAGGCUGCAUCCGGAGCCACCGAAGAGCCCACGGAGGCCACGCUGGGCCGUGCUCGCGCAGUGGAGAACCAGUACUCCUUUUACUAGCAACCACGCCCAUUACCCGCUGGUGCCAUGCACAUCACAGCAGGCCAAGAAUACCUGUGGACUGUCCCGCCCACCAACAGCCUGGACAGCCCGUGAUGGUCAGCAACUCCUAACAGUGGCUGGACACAACUAUCCAUGGUCUAUCAAGCCUAAGACAGCUGGCCAGCUAGCCACACCUAGAGACUUCAGCCCCCAGGGGCCCGCUAAGACCAUCUACAGCAGGCCAAGGCUGUCCAUGGUCGACUUCAAGCUCCUCCUACUGGUGGUUGGCUACGCCCACCACAGAUGUGGCUAUAAGGCUGAUCAAAUACACCUCAGGCAGCUCACUGACAGUUAACCGCAUUUGGUGACUUCAGGCCUUGCCCACUGAUGGUGGUCACUCCCACAGUGACAACCAUUGACAGCCCGCCUCACCCACGAAGGCCUACUUACUGAUUCCUAACAACCUCAAGCCCAGCCCACCGGAGUUGGGCCACUUGCAGCAACAGCCUGACUGGUCUGUGAUGGUCGGCCACUCCCAUCAAGCCAGGCCUGCCGGUGGUUCCCCAGCCUUGGGCAGCCUGCCAUGCCAACCAGCUCCAGCCCAAUGCUGGGGUGGGAAAGCCAAGCUCUUCAGUGAAGACAAACAUUAUUAAAGAGCCUGUUUUAGGGACUACA